CGCGGCUGCGCGCCGGGAGCCGGGCCGGGCCGGGCCGCUGCGCGGGGCCUGCGCGCCGAUGCUGCGUCCUGGGCUGCUUCCCCGCGGCCUGGGCCUCCCCCGCGGGGCCCCGCCGGGCCGCGGCGCCUCCGGUUACUGCUGCUGCUGCUCCUGCUGGGCGCCUCGCGGCUGGGCGGGCGGCGGCGGCCGCCUGCGGGCCGCCCUGGGGCUGCCGCCGGGCCGCGGCCGGGCCGCGGGGCUGGCGGUGCCGCCGCCGUUGUGCGCACGGGGGCUGCGCUGGGCGGGUAAAUUUUAUCAGCGUGCCACAACAGAGGCCUCCCAAGCCACUUUAGCCAGCGUGUCUCCUGUUUUUGCAGUGAUGAAGCUUGACAAAGAGGGUAAUACUACCUAUUUUGAAAAGAAGAAAACAGAAUUGUACCAGGAACUGGGUCUUCAAGCUCGAGAUCUAAGAUUUCAGCACCUAAUGAGCAUCGCUACUAGGAACAACAGGAUCAUCCUGAGAAUGGAGUUCUUGAAGGCUGUCAUAACACCAGAGUUUCUUCUGAUACUAGAUUAUCGUAAUUUAAAUCUGGAACACUGGCUCUUCAAUGAACUAGCAUCUCAGCUGGCUGGGGAAGGUCAACUAGUUACAUAUUCCCUGCCCUUUGAAUUCCGAGCCAUAGAAGCAAUCCUGCAGUACCGGAUCAGCAAACUGCAGGGGAGACUUAACACUUUGCAGCCUCAGAUCCUUGAGACACUGGAAGCUCUAGUGGACCCCAAGCUUUUGUCUGUGGAUAGGAGUAAACUACACAUUCUCCUGCAAAAUGGCAAGAGCUUGUCAGAACUGGAAACAGAUCUUAAAGUUUUCAAAGAAACAAUUCUGGAGAUCUUAGAUGAAGAAGAAUUAAUAGAAGAGCUCUGUCUAUCUAAAUGGACUGAUCCACAAGUAUUUGAGGAGAGUACGUCUGGGAUUGACCAUGCAGAGGAAAUGGAGCUGCUGCUGGAGAACUACUACAGACAAGCAGAAGAUCUUGCAAAUGAAGCUCGCGAACUCAGAGUACUGAUUGACGACUCAGAAAGCAUAAUCUUUAUCAACCUGGACAGCCACCGUAAUGUCAUGAUGAGACUGAACUUGCAGCUGACUAUGGGGACUUUCUCGCUCUCUCUGUUUGGACUCAUAGGAGUUGCAUUUGGUAUGAACUUGGAGUCAUCUCUUGAAGAGGACCCCAGAAUAUUUUGGUUGGUGACGGGGAUUAUGUUUCUGGGAAGUGGUCUGAUAUGGCGACGCUUGCUUUCCUUCCUUGGGCGGCACCUAGAACCUCCACUACCUCCUCACGUUCCUGCAGUUUUGAAAAAAUCACAGCCAGCGUUUGGAAGAGUGGAGAUAAAGAACAACCUCAAAGCAGAAACAUUUGGGCUGAGCAGAAGCACAUUAACAAACCAAUAGGAGCAGCAGGAAUGAAGAGACUUUUAUUGUUACAGGGUGGACUUUGGACGCUUUCUUUGCAUUUGUUCUUCCCUACUGAAAACGGCAAGAAUUUCUAAGCUUGCUAAUUUAAUAUAUACUUUGUGCCAAAACCCUGUGGUGAGAUUUUAACACUCGCACACAAAAGGAAAGAAACACAAGGGAAAGCAGCAACAUGCUUUCCACAGUAGUCUCACCUCCACCCCACAAAUGUUUUAUUAGUUUUCUGUAUCAUGUACAUGUACUUAUUUUUGGGCAUUCUAAUUUCAGGUGUUUCUGUCAAAUACCUCUUCGUGUAAUGGCCUUUCUUAAAGAGAACAGUAUUUUCAGCUUAAAGGAUGUCAGGAGUCAGCAUUCAUUAAUAACUCUGGUUCUAAGCUCCAGAUUUAGGAAUCUGACUUCAAAUGUAAAACUAAAAUCCACCCCAAAAGUGGCCUUUUUAAUGGAUUUUUUUUUUUUAAGUCCCUGUUGUAAUUUCAAGAAUAGAUUUUCCGCAGCAAAAAUCAUACCUGCAUCUCUUGUAAAGCAUCACCUCUAAAUUGGCAGUAACCAGAAAUAAUAGUUUCCCUUAUUUUAAGUGAGCAAUAACAGGUUUUAUAAUGUAGCUACUUAUCUUGGGUAUUCCUUAACAAUUAAUUUAGGCCCAAAACAUACACAGUUUUAGUAACAGGAAAAGCGGGCCUGUUGAUCAUGCACACUUGUGCUUGCCGUCUGCCACUAGUUCAACGUGCACUGAUACAGCUGCGGGUUAACUACUCCUCAUGUUGUCAUAAGGACCGACUCAAAGGCUGGUAAAAAUCAACAGACCGGUUGUUAAGUUUCUCUUAAGCUGGGCUCCGCGUUCCCUCUUUCCUCUCCAAGAAGACAAGACGAAGCAUGGACUAGCCUGCGCCACAGUAAGGGUUAGUAAAGGGUGUGGAAGCCUGGUGUCCUGUGAUGGACUGAAGGAAGGAGUAAAAUUAUUAUGCCCAGUAUCUCUGUUUUUUCUUAGAAUUUAUCUCUGAGGGCGUAGUUCUCCACUGGUCUGUCUCAGUCUGUAGAGGAGGGAGCAUGGAAUCCUCCUACAUCAGGUCACAAACUGUCUGUUUCUCAUCAGGAGUUUUUUAACCUCUCUGUAACAUACAGUGAGCAGCUCCUUAGGUGCCACCAGGUAACUCGCUGUACUGGCAGGGAUGAAAGGACAGUGACUGUAGCUGUGAACGUUUUUUACUCAGGACUAACAAGUCAAAAAUGGAAAUAAAAGGGUACAUAAAUUACAGUUAUACGCAGGCCUGUGAUCCUAGUUUGGUAAAAAUCAGCUGUACAUAAUUAUUUUCAAAUGGUUGUUCUGUAUGUGACUUCAACUGCAGAUAUAAAAGGCAUGAGAAUUUGAGAAAAUAAAUGGGGUUUGUAAUGUU